ACAUUUUAUCCUCUUUUUUGUUGCAAUUGAGUAGCGUAGUCUGCCGUGUAGUUUCGCUGACUCCAACCAAUUGAUGGCAUUUCAGGUGAAUCGGUGCUUGCAUUCUUUGAAUCUUUGCACUGCAUCACAUGUAUGCAAACUGCAUGCUGGAUAUAUUUCCUCCAUGGCUGCUUGCGGGGUUCUUACUUUUAUGUUUUUCAUGAAAAAGAGAAGAAGAGAAAGAAAAAAAAAUCUGUGAGUCCCUCCCUCCGACACACCUUUCGAUAUUGCUUGGAAUCCAGGCCCCACCCUGCUUUUCUUUAUUCAAAGAAAAAGAAAAAGAGGAAAGGAAAGGAGGAAGAAGCAGACAGCUCAAUCUUUAUUCUUUAAGUAACUCGAGCCUCAAGCAAAGCACCAUCUUAGCUUUGUCCAAAACUAAAGCCAAAGAAAGAAGCAACACAGGCAAGACCAUCAAAUCUUGAUCCAUAUAUUGUUCCUCCUUCAUCUGACAUGAGCCUACUGAUUAAGGUGGGAGCUGCAAUUAAACAUCUUGAGCUGCAAAUUUGAUCGAUGGGUUAGAUUUGUGGAUCUUCUUGUCGUCAUGCCUCGAAAGAAGAUUGGUCCGGAGACCGUCGAAGAAGCGGUGCACCAGAUAAUCCCUUAUCUAGAGGAUAUGAGCAGUACUGCACACAAGGCCAUCUAUUAUGAUGGAUGGCGUGGGUUGUCUGCUUCGGCGGUGCUUAGAGCCAUUGCUCAAGACCCUCCGCCAUCUCUGUUGAAGAAAUUCAACAAGAUUGUCCACGUCGAUUGCUCGAGGUGGAAAAGCCGAAGAGCACUCCAAAGGACAAUCGCACAAGAACUGAAGCUUCCUCAGCGGGUAAUGGAUAUUUUUGAUAGGCAAGAUGAAGAAGAUAAUUUCAGUGGGAUAGAUGAAGGCUCAAGAGCUGAAAUAGUAUUUAUUGGGAAAGAGAUCCAUCAAGUCCUUACAAGUCACAAAUGUUUAGUGAUUUUUCAUAAUGGAAGCAAUGAUAUGGUUAAUUUAAAUGCUUCUGGCAUUCUUCAAGGAGAUUUUUUUGAUACUAAGGUAUUGUGGACAUUUCGAGGAAGGUUUCGGCUCAGCCCAGGAAUUAGUGAGAAGGCGGAUGAUUCCCAUCUUUUUAUUUGUUCUGAGGAUCUUGGUUACAAGUGGAAUCUUUUGCUUAAAGAAGAGGCUAGAGAAAUUGAUGGGUACACAGAUAAGCUUGGCGAAACAGUUGAGGAGUGUUGCUUGUAUCUGCUGGCAUUAAAUUCUCAGGGAGGCAAUAUCAUGGACUACAAUUGGGCCACUCAUGCUUCGAGCUAUUGGGUUUGUGAUGAGAUUAUACAGGGAGGUCAGGGUGAUGAAUCAUGGGAGGUUGCAGCUGCUCUGCAUAAACAGAUAAAUACAGAGGAUUAUUCAUCCAAUACACUGCCCUCUUUUGGUCAUGAACUGAAGAAUCCUCCAAAACGGUGGGUAUUGUCCAAGGAAAACUCUGUUGUGCCUCCAGAGUCAACAUCAUUUUUCCUUGCCGCAGUUGCAAGCGAGUCGGAUCCUCCAUUAAGACCAUUACCUAAUGCCAUGUUUCAUCAAUCCAAUAAACUUCGUGUGCUCAAGUUAUGCCGCUGCACCUUCAAUUUUUCCUCUCCUCCUUUUCAUUGUUGCCACAAGUUAAGAUUCCUUGGAUUAGAUAGUUGCCAGGAUCUACAACCAGAACAAGACAAGAAGCAAGAUAGACAAACAAUGGAUUUUUUUAAGAGCCUAUGGGUGAUAGACAUAUGCAAUACAGAUUGGGAUCUGCCUUCAUCACCAGAGAUAAUAGAGAAGAUGGCUGCAAACAUUAGGGAGGUACAUAUAAAGAAAGGAAGGAUUUGGUGCCACAGUUUUGCAUGGCGACAAUUGCAUAACCUUCACAAGCUUCGAGUAAUUGAGCCUACAAGCCCUUGGCAGACAGGCGAAAUGGAUGAAUUCACAGACAUGGUUAAGUUGGAGUUCCUUGACUUGGCUGGGGAUAGUACAAUUCAAGUUUUGCCAAGUAUGUCAGGGGCAACUAGUCUCAAGAUUUUGGUUCUUGAUGGUUGUGUUGGAUUGGAACAUGUUGGCCCUGAAGGACUGCCACCCUCACUUGAAUCCUUCAGCUUGGAUGCACGUGCCAGAGAGGAUCAUAAAAAGGAGGCCAAAAUCACUCGUAUCUCUUUGGCUGGUUGUGCAAGAUUGGUGAACUUCAGAUUGUGUGGAUCACUUCCACAUCUUGAGGACCUAGAUCUAUCAGGCACAUUGGUCAAAACACUAGACCUCAAAGAUCAGAUGGUGCAGGCUCGAAGACUCCAAAAAAUUAUUCUAUGGGGAUGUAUGCAGCUCCUUUCCAUUCUAUCGCCAGAAAAUGGUAUGCCAAAAGAUACAAUUUUACGUAUUGAUUGCUCAGUCUGUCAUGUUCAAGCAGAAUUUCAUCAAGCAUAUGCUACUAUAAUGGACAUAAGGUUUCUUCAGACCUUGGUAUUAGAGAGUAAUGUUGACUUCUGUUGGAAGAGUACUAGGUUCCAUUUGAAGCUAUGUGUCCCAGCUUGUAGCAACAAAGUUGAGGAUCAAAGCAAUAAGAAGAACACUGGCAUUGGUAGUAGCGCACCGCAGAUAAUGGGUCCUCCUCGACCAAAGUCAUUAAUACCCAAUGCUUACAUCACGUACAUGGAUGUCGUUGCUGACAACAUUACUGAUGAUGAUGGCUAUAAUAGUGCAUCGCAGUUUCAGCCGCUGGGCUCCCAUGUGGAGAUUGGUGAUGGAAUUAGUUUCACUAGAGUGGUGAGCACAGGAGCAAUGAAGGCUACCAUCUUUGUGAUGAACAAGGCCAAGUCGUUGCAUGUGCACGGCAAUUCUUCCGUCAGCACUGUCAUCCCGGAACACAUGAUGUCCAUAGAAAGUAAUGUACUUAUAUGGGAACAUCUGGAAUCUUGUCAUGUGGUGAGAUGCCCCAAGAUGCAUACGGUCUUCAAUACUAUCUAUCAAUACAUCAGAUUUCCAAACCUAGUGAACUUUUGUGCGGCUGAUCUCCCGACGACCCAUUGCAUUUGGAGCAAAGAGAGGACACUCAAUGCUGAAGAUAAUCUCUCCUUUGCGAAACUGCAGAGCAUACACCUGUUCUCCUGCCCGAGGCUCACAUUUGUCCUCGUGAUGUCGGUGCUAUACACCUUGAGAAGCUUGGAGACACUUCACAUUUCUUUUUGUGGUGAUCUGAGGAAAGUGUUCCCCGUGGAGCCAGAGAUUCUGACAAGAAUAGCUACGAACCAUAAAGGUGCAUUGGAGUUCCCAAACCUGAAGCGUAUCUACCUGCAUCAACUCUUCAAGCUGCAACAGAUAUGCGAGGCCAAGAUGUUUGCUCCCAAGCUUGAGACCAUCAGGGUAAGGGGAUGUUGGCGCCUUAGGUGCCUCCCGGUUGUCGGUUGCGACAGCCGUCCUGUUGUGGAUUGUGAGAAGGACUGGUGGGAGAAGCUGGAGUGGGACGGGCUGGAGGCUGGCCAUGACCCUUCCCUCUUGGAGGCACGCCACUCGGCGUACUACAAGAAGCCCCUGCCUAGAGGCUCAGUUCUCUGGUGAGCUGAACAAGCUGUUCAGGUUUGAUGGACGGAUGGCCGACGUAUCUCGCUGCUUUCAACCCUUCACACUGCAAGCCAAAUCGGGUGUGUUUUCUUGCCAAGAUGGUGGAAUGUGUGUUUCCCUUCCUGAAGAAAGAAUAAAGUGGUGCUUGCUUGAUGCCGCAAGACCUAUGUAUCAUUGUUGGUGUGGUUUGUUUUCUGCUCAUGUGUGUGCUGAGUAUGCCGCUCAGAUCUGAGUUUGCAAUGUGUGCUGUUAUUCAGAUUCAGUACAGCAGCAUAGCAUGUGUACGUAUGCUGGACUGAGAAUGCAAGGCUUGGUGUGACGUACAUGGAUUAUAUAUCAACUGAGUAUUUAUUUA